AUGGCCAAGGCUGCCAAGCCCACCGUCCGCGUGAACACCACCAAGAGGACGAUUGGCGAAACGUCGCGUUACGCCGGCGCUCGAGACGCGUCGCCAUCUCCGCACGUCGCUCGUUCGCGCGAUUCGAUUCACGAAACUGACCAUCGCAUCGCGCCACCCUCCUUUCUUCACCUCAGGGGCGUCGGCCGCCGCGCCGCCGCCGCGGGCUUCCUCGCCCUCAUCCUCUCCACCAACGCGGCUCCCGCCGAGGCCGAGACCAAGCGCCGCGCCGCGGUCCCGGAGAAGAAGGCUUUCUCUCCCUACUCCUCGGGCGGCUCCGGCUUCGGCAAGUACAAGGCCCCCCGCGCGUUCCUCAAGGACGAGAAGGCGGAGGUCCUCAAGGCCUACGGCCUCGAGACCCUCCCCGGCCAGUAA